ACGAUGAAGAUGAAAAAUUCAUCAAUUCUCGUCUCACUGAAGCUGCCAUUGUGCUUGGAUUCAUAUACUUCUCAUGGCACAUUUUAAGACCCGAAGAUAUAUUCCCGGACGGCAACGACUGGGCAGGGCUAAUCGGGCGCAACAUGCCGAACGACGUUGAAGAUCGUGAAGAUCUCACCUUCAGUAAAGUCUUUACUCGCACCUAUGACAACCUCAUGAACAGUGUGGACCCAGUAAAGUCUAGCCUGAGCUACGUCGGCGUUCAAGACCCAGACUGCCAAGAACGUCUCGUGUGUACCGUACGCCGCGUCCUCGCAACAUUUUCUGUCUCUGAAGCCGCCGUGCAGAGCCUCGGGUGGCUGUUGGGUAGCGCGCCCUCGUACGCGGAGGCCCUCAGGCACGGCAGAGAGCUGCACGAUUGCAAGGAACUGUACCCCAAGUGCCCGGUGCUGCCUCUGCCAUUCUUCUGACAAUCCAGACAAUAUUGAGGCAAAGACAAGCUAUCCGGUAUAACUACAAGACAAGAUAUCCGGUGUAACUACAAGCCACGCUAUCCGGUGUAACUACAAAGCCAAACUAUCCGGUGUAACUACAAAGCCAAACUAUUCGGUGUAACUACAAGCCACGCUAUCCGGUGUAACUACGGAAUCUUCAUAUUAAUUUCAGUCUUCCUGGGGCUAUUAAGUGGCCAAACUUAAUAGCCCCAGGCCGUUCUUGAACAUAAUAUAUCCAUCUACGAGGAAAGGUCUUAGCCAAAUCAAAGAAUGCUUAAAGAAAGUAAACUUGAAUCGCCCUAAUUUUUUUCAGUAACACACGAAUUUGUAAAAAACACAAUUAGUUCUGUCUUUAUCUAAUAACUCAACAACAUUGUAAACAUUUUCAUACAUGAAUCACAUUAUAAAUUAAUAAUUUGAUAUGCUCAAGUUCGAGAAUUCAUGCAAAGUCAGAUUCUUCAGGUGAUGCUGGGUAUUUCAGGGGUUUAAGUAAAUGUCAUCGAACUUAACAACAGGUUAUUAUUUAAUGGCUAUCAGUAGUGCAGCUGUGGAUAAAGUACAUAAAAUUCAUGUGCGUAUGAUGAGAUAAGCAAAAGUUCCUUAUAAAACAAUAAUAUAGUUAUCACUCAGUUGUAUAAUUGAGACAAAAUAACGAUGGGAUUUCCUUCUACAGCUAUGUAUUUGGCAUGUAAAUUAUUCAUGUCGUAAACCUACAUUUGACAAUCGCCUUCAGUUCCUUGAUGUAGAUUG